AUGUCUGCUCUUCGACUAUUUUCCCGAUUGGCCAGCACCAGGAUUCUGCAAAUACGUCCGAUUGUGGAGAUGCCCGCACGCUGCAAGUACACCCAACAUCAAGGAGUUAAGGGCAUCCGCAACAGGAAGAGCUUCUUCGAGGCCCAAAUACAGGCAGGUCAAAGAAGUGAGGAGGAUGAGGAUGCUGACUUGGAGCGGACAGCCAGUAGCGAUCUGGCGGAUAUGCGGUUCUUAGAUGAUCGGGCCUACGACGAGGUGGCUGGAGGAGCUAUGAGAAUCACCCGUGACAUAGCCAGCUCCCAGCAAGUGCUCAUCCUUCAACCUUACGUAAAAUGGGCAGCAAAACGGCAGAACACACCCGUCGAUGUCCGGCCAGAGGAUCAACUUGCGGAGGCCUCUGCUCUGAUCCACUCCCUGCCCAACUGGCAGGUGGCCAGGGCUCUUAAGGUUCCCCUGGAAAGCCUCGAAAAGAAGACCCUCUUUGGCAGCGGAAAACUGGUGGAACUCAAAGAACUGGUCGCUGAACUGCGACAGGAACGGCAGCUAACUUGCCUGUUCGUCAGCAAGGGAACACUAUCGUUCGCCCAAAAACGAUUCCUGGAGGCGGAGUUUCGGUUGCCAGUAAUGGAUCGCUAUUCCGUUGUUAUACAGAUACUAAGACUGCAUGCCACCAGCGCUGAAGCCAAACUACAGGUAGCCAUGGCUGAGCUGCCUUACAUUUGGGCGCAGGCUAAGGAUGCCAGUGUGACGCAGACGCGUCGACAAGGAUACGCCUUGACCGAUCUGCAAAAGGAGAUUCUGCGCACCAGGGAGCGAAAAUUGCGAGCGGAACUGGAUCGUGUCCGGCGGCAGAGGCAGUUGCUACGGCAGAAACGAAAGCAGCAAAAUUAUCCCAUUGUUGCCGUGGUGGGCUACACAAAUGCUGGCAAGACCUCCUUGAUUAAGGCCCUCACAGUCGAGGAUGCACUGCAGCCCAGGAAUCAGUUGUUCGCCACCCUUGAUGUAACUGCUCAUGCCGGUUGUUUACCAUGCAAUCUGGAAGUGAUCUACAUGGACACGGUUGGCUUUAUGUCCGAUUUGCCAACGGGUCUGUUCGAGUGCUUUGUGGCCACUUUAGAGGACGCCAUGCUGGCGGACGUAAUAGUGCACGUCCAGGACCUUUCACACCCGUGUCACGCUGCUCAGCGCAGCCAUGUGGAGGCCACGCUUCGUUCCCUGGCUUUCAACGUGGCUGGCGGAGAUUCCACGACCAGCCAGUUGCCGCCGAUCAUUAAUGUGUGCAACAAAUGCGAUCUUGUUUCCCUAGAGGAUACGUCUUCUGCAGACCCAGUGCAUCAAAUAUCAGCUAGAGCACAGACUGGAUUGGAACCGCUGCUGGUUGACAUCGAGCAGCAGAUAUUGAGCGCCACCGGGCGAAGAAAACUUCAGAUGCGAGUGCCCAGCGGCGGACCAGAAAUGGCCUGGCUCUAUAAAAACGCAGCCGUGGUGGAAACGACAGCGGAUGCGGAGAAUCCCGAACGCCUCAUGAUGCACGUGGUCAUCAGCCAACGCACACUGGAUCAGUUCAAGCGACAGUUCUGCCGCUGACACACACAAGU